CAACAACAACAACAACAACAACAAGAUGUGAAAAAUAACAAUCUGUGUCUGAAGAUCCUAAAAACUGAAGACUCUGCGGCGGGAAAACACCGGAAACGGAAAAACGCUGAAAGAACCCAGAACCAGAACCGAACCUUGACUGGACCUCCCGCCUCUCUGUGGGAACAAACACGAACCAUGAAUUAGAACAGAACCGAGCCUGGAUCAGUUCCAGAACACACAGAAAACCCUGACCUGGUCCGGUCUGACAGAAUCCUGGUCUGGUUCUGAGGGGCUGCAGUGAUGGCAGGUCGUGGACGGGGGGCUAGGAGUUUCAGUGUGGAUUCAGUGGGGAUCAGCAGAGAUUCUCUACCUGUGACUGUGCAGCAGCCUACACCUGAGUUCCCUGUGAUGGAGCAGAAGCCCCUCCCUCUCACAGGUGGGGAGGAGGUGGAGUACCUGCUGGCACUGAAGCAGGACCUCAGAGCAGCCAUGAAGAGUCUGCCGUGUUUCAUCCAGCCGGUCCAGGUGCACAAAGACGUGGAGCGCUACUCCGAUAAAUAUCACCUGAACGAGCACAGCAAGAGCCUGAAAGACUGGACCCUGGACUGGAAGAGGUUUCCCAAAGAGCUGCGACUUCAUGUCAGGAGACCACACAGCAAGGGUGCAGUGCUCAGCUCAGUGCAGUCAGGACAGAAGAAGGAGCAGGAGCAGGAGCAGGAGGAGGGGAGGCAGAAGGAACAGGUGCUCCUGAACCUGGAGACCCUGGAGAAGAAGGAGGAGCAGGAGAGCUCUGAGGAGGAGGGAGAGCAGGAGAAGAAGCAGGAGAAGGAGGAGCAGGAGCCUGAAGAGGAAUACGAUGAGGAAGAGUUUGAAGAGGAGACAGAUUACAGCAUGCCCUACUUUGACAAUGGAGAGGACUUUGGAGGAGACAGUGACGACAACAUGGACGAGGCUAUUUACUGAAGAUGGAUGAGACUAUUUACUGAAGACAGCAUGGACGAGGCUAUUUACUGAAGGGGGCCAGGGAUAAGGCUAUUUACUGAAGGGGACCAGGGAUAAGGCUAUUUAGUGACGAGACCAGGGACAGGUUUUUUUACCUACAAGAAAAGGGAUGGAUUUAUUUCCUGACAAGAACAAGACUAUUUGCUGACAGGGACAUGUCUAUCUCCUGACGAAGACACAGCUAUGUACUGAUGACGACAUGAGGCCAGUUUUGAAUGUCCAUCUAACACCUGCAGCACAUCUGGACUGUUGGUUCUGACCAACUGGACCAUGAGAGGUUUUAGAUUAGUUGUUUUUCUAAGUGUUGUUGUUGUUGUUGUUGUUGUUGUUGUUGUUGUUGUUGUUGUUGUUGU